AUGCUGGCUCCGAGCGCGCGGCGUCCACCACUACUAAGCCUGCCUUUGCGGGUGACUAUCUCCAACUUUGUCGGGCCGCGCAGAAACGGGCAUAUCGCCAACUACGUAACCUACAACGGACUAUUGGUGAUAGCAGCGGUGGCACAGGCGAUAACACCGAAAAACUUCGAUACAGAGGCACGUAGUUACGACCUAGUGUACACGUCCGACAAGAACGCGUAUACGCUGCUCAAGAAUGGUACGCCGAUGAUCCCCAUACUGAUUCCAAAGGACCUGGCCACCUAUGCACCACACCUACUCCAACUGAAUAACUACCUCGACUAUCUCAGCACCAAGCUAAACAUCGACGUCCACACCUACGAAAGAGCGGCCGAAGGCGAUAACGACGUCCUGCCCGAGCCUAUAAUUGGCUCAAAGGCUAUCGAACUUUUCCGUGCCGAUUCGGAGAUGCCCUUGAAUUUCCUGAACCUCCACUAUUUUAAAGCGAACCCUCAGCCCUAG